UAGCUGGAAAUGUGCUUAGCUGCUUUUUGAUACAGGACGGUAAAACAAACUAAAACCCGCUGGGCCAGUUGCCGGGACCAAUUCCGGAGGGAGGUGACAAGCAAAGGCCGGAGUGGGGAGGGAACCUCCAGGAAACGGCCCUACAUCUAUACUGUCCAGUUGCAGUUUUUAAGACCGGUCAUGGAUUUGAGGCCUACUGUGGACAGUCUGGAUCCCUCCGAAGAUUCGGAGACGACUGGGAGCGAAACCCCUGCGGUUUUCUCCCCCGCAACCAGUCCUGCACCUAUGCCGGCAGAGGACCCAGAGGACUUGACACUGGCCCAGGCCCCCCUACCACUGGCCAGUCCACCCCGUAUUGUCCAGCCCCAGCCCAGACGUUGCCGCCAAGUCCCUCCCUCUACCGCUGGGCAAGAGUGUCGGGAGGUGAUUGACGCACGCGUCAUAGAUUUUCUUGCCCAGAGGAGGAGUGAUGGCUUGGAGGAGGAGAUGUUAAGGGGCUUAGGGCCGCUAAUGAAGCGGGUCACUCCUGUCGAGCAUCACGAGUGCCUGGCUUCAUUAGCCGUAGUAAUUAAAAUGUUUGCCAUACCAAACUAUGGCGACAUUCUGGGCAAAUUAAAUGCCAUUAAAAUAGAUCUAGAGAAUGCCGCCCAUCAGCAAAGACCAGGACCCUUACAGUUUCCGCCCCAACCCACCCAAGGGCCUUCUUUCCCCCCACAACCCCAGUACGGCCUACCCCAGGGCCCAAUACAACAUGUGGGUCAGCCCCUUUACCAGGGCAGUUUGCCAACUGGGGCACCUCAACAGGCCCAUGUAAGGCCACGGUCCUCUUUUGCACCGGGUUCAUUUACUCAGGACCUACUUGAUUUGUAAUUUUUUUUAUUUGAAAUUGUUUUUAGCACUUUAUCUGUUUUGUUCAUAAUG